AUGGCUGUCAACGGCUCCAUCCCCGGACCUACUAUCUUUGCCGACUGGGGUGACACCGUCACAGUUCACGUCAUCAACUCUCUGACAACUUCCAACAACGGCACCAGCAUUCACUUCCACGGUAUCCGACAAAACUAUACCAACCAGAAUGACGGUGUCAGCUCCAUCACCCAAUGUCCUACUGCUCCUGGUGACACCACUACCUACACCUGGAAGGCAAUCCAAUACGGUUCGACUUGGUACCACUCUCACUUCGCCCUCCAGGCGUGGCAGGGUGUCUUUGGUGGCAUCGUCAUCAACGGCCCUGCCACAGCCAACUACGAUGAAGAUCUUGGCAUGCUCUUCCUGAACGACUGGGAUCAUCAGACCGUCGAUGAGCUCUACUACACCGCCGAGUCCAGCGGUCCUCCAACACUGGACAAUGGUCUCAUCAAUGGCACCAACGUCUACGGUGAUGAUGACUCUACCUCCCAGACCGGCUACCGUUACAACGUUACUUGGGAAUCCGGCACUUCUUACCGCAUGAGACUUGUUAAUGCCGCCGUCGACACACACUGGAAGUUCUCAAUCGACAACCACACCAUGCAGGUCAUCGCUACCGACUUAGUCCCGAUCACCCCUUACAAUACCACGGUCCUUGACAUUGGCAUGGGCCAGCGAUAUGACAUCAUCGUCACUGCAGACCAGGCCAGCACGGCCGACAACUUCUGGAUGCGUGCCAUCCCUCAGGCUGCCUGCUCUGACAACGACAGCACCGACAACAUCAAGGGCAUUAUCUCGUACACUGGCACCAUCACCACUCCCACCACUACUGGUUACACCUACACUGAUAGCUGUGACGACGAGACAGAUAACAUCGUCCCCUACCUCUCUAAGUCGGUCUCGGACGCCAACUGGGACAAGCUCGAUGAAGCUACUGUCGGCAAGAACUCCGCUGGCCUCUUCAAGUGGUACCUCAAUAGCACUAGUAUGGUCGUUGAUUGGGCCAACCCCACUCUUGAGUCCAUCAUGAACGGUACUACCAGCUGGGAGACGGACGACGCCGUUAUCGAGCUCAGCGAGGCUAACCAGUGGGUUCACUUCGUUGUCGAGACCACUCUCGCUGUCCCUCAUCCCAUCCACCUUCAUGGCCACGACUUCUCCAUCCUUGCCCAAGGCACCGGUACCUACUCGAGCUCUGUCACACUCAACACCUCCAACCCGCCCCGCAGAGACACGGCGAUGCUGCCCGCCUCGGGAUACCUUGUCAUGGCCUGGGAGACGGACAACCCGGGUGCCUGGCUCAUGCACUGCCACAUUGGCUGGCACACAUCAGAGGGCUUCUCGGUGCAGUUUGUCGAGCGCCUCAGUGAGAUUGCUGCCAUCACUGAUAACACUACUCUCACCGAUACUUGCAGCACUUGGUCUACCUUCCAGGAGGAGAACAGCAUUGAGCAGGAUGACUCUGGUGUUUAA